UUUCUUUUGUUGGGUUUUCUUGAAAGGUGGGGUUUUGUUUACUUUCUUGGAUAGAAAUUCUUUUCUUCGAUUAUAGUCCUAUCAUUUUGUUUUUUUUAACUUCUUUACCAUAUUCCCCACCUGAUUUUUUUUUAUGGUAUAACUAUUUUUUAAUUUUGUUUCACACACCCACAUGCAUGUUCUUCAGUUUGUCUGAUCUGGAUUGGAUCGCGAAGUUGUUAUUUUUCCUACUUUAAAGAAGUGUGCAGAGAGAAACAGGGAAAAACAGGAUCUCUCUUUGGUGGGGUUUUGUUUCUUGAAAAAUUUUCCCUUUUCGUUUUGGGAGCAAUCUUUGUUUUCUUAGAAAGAAAUGAAGAGAUAAAGAACCAGGAGAAUUAGACUUGGGGUUGAUAGCAUAUUUGGAUCCGUGAGGCAUGGCCAGUAUCGAUGUUUCUAGGUAUGCACAUAGCCCUGUGCACAAAGCUGUUGCGACGAGGGAUUACGAGAGUCUCAGGAGGAUACUCGAGGCCCUCCCACAGCUUGGUGAUGCGGACGAGAUUCAAACGGAAGCAGCCUCGUUGGCUGAGGAAGCGAAGGCUGAAGAGAUCGCAUCUGUGAUAGAUAGGCGCGAUGUUCCUAACCGAGAUACCCCUCUUCACUUGGCUGUUAAACUCGGUGAUGAAGCUGCGACUAAAAUGCUUAUGGCUGCAGGAGCCGACUGGAGCUUGCAAAAUGAACAGGGAUGGAGUGCACUUCAAGAAGCGAUUUGUAAUAGGGAAGAGGCUAUUGCGAUGACUAUUGUUCGGCACUACCAGCCAUUGGCGUGGGCAAAAUGGUGUAGAAGGUUGCCUCGUUUGGUGGGAACUAUGCGAAGGAUGAGAGACUUUUACAUGGAAAUCACAUUCCAUUUUGAUAGUUCAGUGAUACCUUUCAUUUCACGAAUCGCUCCUUCUGAUACGUAUAAAAUUUGGAAGAGGGGUGCAAAUUUGAGGGCUGAUAUGACUUUGGCCGGAUUUGAUGGAUUCAGAAUUCAACGUUCGGAUCAGAGUAUUCUUUUCCUUGGCGAUGGUUCCGAGGAUGGUAAGGUUCCUCCUGGAUCGCUUUGUAUGAUCUCUCAUAAGGAUAAAGAGGCGAUGAACGCUUUGGAUGGUGCUGGUUCUCAAGCAACUGAUGAAGAGGUUCGACAAGAAGUGGUUGCAAUGUCCCAGACUAAUAUAUUCAGGCCCGGGAUAGAUGUAACACAGGCAGUUCUUUUGCCGCAGCUGACUUGGAGGCGACAAGAGAAAACAGAAAUGGUGGGUGCCUGGAAGGCUAAGGUGUAUGAUAUGCACAACGUUGUUGUUAGCAUAAAAUCAAGGAGAGUGCCUGGGGCCAUGACAGAUGACGAAUUUGUUGCAACUUCCAAUGGAAAUGAAACAGAGAAUGAAGAGCUUGACGAGAUCUUGACUGAAGAUGAAAGGAAACAACUUGAAGUUGCUCUUAAAUUGGAUUCUUCCGAAAUAUCCAGCGAGAAUGAUGAUGGCUUUAUUGGGCGUCGCCAUAUGUUUGAAUCCCGGGAAAUUCCUAUCGAGGAAACCAAUGGUUUUAAAAAUGGAGAGACUAAGCAGGAAAAGAAAGGAUGGUUCGGUGGAUGGAGAAAAAAGGAGCCAAAGCAUGAAGAGCAGAGGAAGAUUGCGCCGCCUAGAAGUUCAUUCUGUGUAGAUGAAAAGGUGAGUGACUUACUCGGAGACUCUCCUUCGGGGAGUCAGAUAAAGGCUGGUAGACAUUCUUUGGAGAUUUCGGCAACCGAUGAUCAUCGGAGGAUAAGAGAUUCGAGAAUUUCUUCUUCCACGAGUUCCGAGACUGGUGGUCGGCAUAAAGAUAGUGGCCGGGAGAACGAGUAUAAGAAAGGAUUGAGGCCUAUUCUUUGGCUUUCUCCGGACUUCCCACUGCAAACUGAAGAACUCUUGCCAUUGCUAGACAUUCUUGCCAACAAGGUCAAGGCAAUUCGUCGGUUGAGAGAACUGCUCACGACAAAGCUUCCUGCUGGAACCUUCCCGGUCAAGGUUGCUAUUCCGGUGGUUCCGACAAUCAGAGUGUUGGUUACUUUCACGAAGUUUGAAGAACUACAGCCUUUGGACGAGUUCUUGACACCCCCUUCAAGCCCUUCAGCUCCCCAAGAAAGCCCUGCAGUGACACAGGCCUCAGGGUCAUCUUGGUUUCAGUGGAUAAAGACGCCUUAUCAACGCCCUAGUUCGUCCAAUAAUGGCGACAACAAGCCGGAAAAUCUUCAAGAUCCAUUUGCAAUACCUCCAGAUUACACUUGGAUUACAGCUGAAGCAAAGAAGAAAAAGAUGCAAGGGAAGAGCAAGUCAAAGAAAGGUAAGAGCCAGACUCAUUGAAGUCAGGCUAUGAUCCAGUCGUUAAAACAAGUUCUGGGUUUCCAAAGAAAAUAAUGUUUCAAUUAUCCGUCGAAAUCGUGUUUCCGUUAAUGGAGAAAACACGAAUAGGGAAAUAGAUACUUGGAGCCAUGCUCUUAAGAAGUUUGGAUAUUCCCUUCUGUCAUGGGGAAAUUUGAUUGUGGGGGGUGGAAAAAAGGCAUUUUGUGGGAUGUUACUAUCUUUGGAUUACUGAUUUACAUCAUUUACUUGUGACUACUUGUGGCUACAUACAGUUGCUGACGGAGUUGGCACCGUUUUA